AUGUCAAGGCUUUUAUUAAGACUGAACCCGAGGGUCUUCAUUUCAUCUCAAAUUAGGAUGGCAUCCGAUCAGCUUGGUGAGCUUGGCAAAGGAGCAGGGAAAGGCGGCGGUGGCGGAGGUUCCGUGAGGGAAGCAGGAGGUGCGUUUGGAAGACGAGAAGCGGCAGAAGAGGAGCGGUACUUCAGGCAAAAGGAGAAGGAACAAAUGGAAGCGCUAAGGAAGCACCACACGGAGGAAAUCGAGCACCACAAGAAGGAGAUUGAGCGCCUACAAAAGGAAAUUGACCGUCAUAAGGGCAAAAUUAGACGGCUCAAGCAUGAUGACUGA